GCGCCGCGCAUCUUCCUCCGGGCGAAGGGCAAGGAGACCCGCCAUGGACGACGCGGCGUCCGCCGAGCUUCGUCCGCCGGGCGCGCUGGGGCCGCUGGCUGCCCUCUGCCUGGUGAAUCUUUUCUUGUCUGGAAAAAUCGAAAGUGCUGUCCCUUCAUUAGCUGCCUGCAGUGGAAAGCUGGAACAACAUACUGAACGACGAGGUGUCAUAUAUAGCCCUUCCUGGCCACUAAACUAUCCUCCAGCUGUCAACUGCAGCUGGUAUAUUCAAGGUGAUCGUGGAGAUGUGAUAACCAUUAGUUUUAAGAACUUUGAUUUGGAGGACUCUCCCAAAUGUUCAGUAGACUGGUUGAUGAUUGGCCCAUCUUCCAAACGGGAGGAAUACAAAGUUUGUGGAUCCUUAAUCCCACCUUCUUUCAUCUCUGCCAGGGAUCACAUCUGGAUAUUUUUCCACUCAGAUGCAUCAAGUUCAGGGCAAGCUCAGGGAUUUCGCCUUUCCUACGUCCGAGGCAGAAUUGGCCAGGCUAAUUGCCAGUCUGAUGAAUUCCACUGUCUAAAUGGCAAAUGCAUACCCAGCACCUGGAAGUGCAAUUCCAUGGAUGAAUGUGGUGAUAACUCUGAUGAGAAAAAUUGCACUGUCCCCCCAACAGAGGCUCAGACUAGCAUCUGUCCUUCUGGAACUUUCCAGUGCAGCAUAGCUCAUUCUACCAAGUGUUUGUUGAACGAGCUGAAAUGUAAUUCAGUUAAAGACUGUAGCGAUGGCUCGGAUGAAGAAAACUGCCCUGAUCUUUCAUGUGGCAAAAGGCUGGGGAAUUUUUAUGGAUCUUUUGCUUCUCCAGAUUUGUUCCACUCAGAUCACAGCCGAGCAGACCUCCGCUGCACCUGGUACGUGGACACUCAAGACAGCCGUCAUGUUCUCCUGCAGCUCGACUUGCAGCUUGGGUAUAAUGACUAUGUAAAAGUCUAUGAUGGUUUAGGGGAGAGAAGUGAUAAACUAAUGCAGACUCUUUCAUAUCGUAAUAACAGGCACACAGUAACCUUGGAGUCAUCCAAGGGGCAGAUGACAGUAUCAUAUCAUGCCCGGUCAAAGAGCACUGGCCAUGGCUUCAAUGCAACCUAUCAGGUGAAAGGCUACUGCCUUCCUUGGGAGCACCCCUGUGGGAAUGACGAGGAGUGCUACACCGAUAAGCAGCACUGUGACGGGUGGUGGCACUGCCCGAAUGGAAAAGAUGAAGAGAACUGCCCCGCGUGCCAAAAGAAUGAGUACCCCUGCGAAGGCAAUAGUGGACUGUGCUAUUCUUUGCUCGAUCGGUGUAACAACCAAAAAAACUGCCCUGAUGGCUCUGAUGAGAAGAAUUGCUUCACAUGCCAACCAGGCAACUUCCACUGUGGUACCAACCUGUGCAUUUUUGAAACAUGGCGUUGUGAUGGGCAGGAGGAUUGCCAAGAUGGAAGUGAUGAGCAUAAUUGCCUGGUGGUUGUGCCCAGGAAAGUCAUCACAGCUGCUCUCAUUGGCAGCCUUGUCUGUGGCUUGCUUUUAGUGAUAGCCCUGGGAUGUGCCUUUAAGCUCUACUCGCUGAGAACCAGGGAAUACAGGGCAUUUGAAACCCAGAUGACCCGUCUUGAGGCAGAGUUUGUGAGGCGUGAAGCUCCACCUUCUUAUGGCCAGCUCAUUGCACAGGGGCUUAUCCCACCAGUAGAAGACUUCCCAGUUUACAAUGCGUCACAGGCAUCGGUCUUACAGAACAUCCGAACAGCCAUGAGGAGACAAAUGCGACGUCACUCCUCCAGGCGUAGCUCCUCUCGCCGCCGCUUGGGCAGGUUGUGGAACAGAUUCUUCCACAGGCCACGAGUGAGAGGUCAGAUCCCACUGUUAAAUCCCCCCCACACUUCCCAGACAAUGCUGGGGGAUGGGAUAAUCAAUCGCACAAAUGGGACAACUGCUCAAAGUCUCCCACCUUCUCCUGAAGGACCUCAUGUUGAAACAGAGAUCUGCUGCAGGAGUCAGGGGCUCCCUGAAUCUGAAAACAGUAAUUUGCCUUUAGAGACAGAAGCCACAAAUCCAUCCCCACCAGAUGUUUUGUCAAACACUUGUACAGCUGCUCCAUCAGAACCAGAGAAUGGACCCAGCAACAAGCUUUUGGGUGCUGAAGGCACCUGCAGUGGUGAAGCUAGACAAACCAGCAAGACUGGGUCAGAAAAAUUUAGAGACCCUUUGUUGGAAAGGGUUGUAGAAACGCACCAGCAUGUUGGUUCAGUAUCCAGCAGGACUAUUGCAGAGAGCAGACAUUCCAGCAGGUGCCAUUUGCGAAGUGAAGAGCCAUGUAGACUUCCCUUUAAAACAUGGGAGUCUUUGUACUCUGACAGCCCAAUGAAUGUCCCCCUUCAGGUGGAUGGCCAACACAGUUGUUGCCCACAUACAUAUCAUGAAGAACCCUUGGGCGUUCACCCAGCUUGCUGCCAUUCCACAGAAGUGCCAAUACCAGAUUCCCCUCCCCCUUGCACAGAAAUCAGCCCCGGUGAUGAUGAUUCUUUACUGGUUUGUUAAUGGGAUAGUGCUGAGUUCUAUGAACCCUUUACACUGUAUUUGUGGUAUACAUAAUCUGUAGCCAACACAGCCAGUAUCCAUUGUCAAACCCCACAUCAAUCUUCAGGGGAAGAAACUAUAGAGGACAAGAUUAAAUGAGAUAAAUAUGGAACCUACAGCUGAUGAAAAAGUGUUCACACAAUCAUACAUUUCUUUCUCCAAGAAAUCAUUGUGUUAUAUAAAAAGAGUGAUUCCCAAAGUGUUUAUGGUUUGGAAUUUCUUAUCACCUCUUCUUGAUAACAGCUCUCUGGCUGUGCUUCAGUUUUGUGUGCCUGUGUGGCAUAGGUAUUUGGCAAGCAAAAGUCCACCAUCUUAUGCAUUAAGUACAGUUAUUGGUAGAUACAUAUGCAUUUAGAUAUAGAGAGGGGAUAAGUUUCCAGGGAAAGUGCUUUGCUCUCAGGUUAGUGAAAAUGGGUGGCCUGUGGCCCUCCAGGUGACUUUCAACAACUUGCUUCAUCCCUCACCAUUAAGUAGUCUUGGCUGGAGGUGAUGGGAGCUGAGUUCACCAGUAUCUGGAAGGCUAUAUAUUCCCUUCUCUUGGGUAAGAAAAGCCAAGUGAUGGUUAAAUCUCACUUAAUUUGUCUGUGUCUGCCACCAUUAUUCUGCUGAUUAUAAUGCUCGCUAUGCUAGGAGACCUCUCCAGUACCCUUGCUUAAAAAUCCAUGAAUAGUUACCAGAGGGAUAACUGACCCUGCGGAUUUCCUGUGCAGGAACAAACAUGUAGUUCCUCAUAUACCUGUGGAGUAGAGCAGGAGACCUACCGCUUUUCAUCUGCCUGCCAUUGAGAGCUGAAGUGACACCCCUCCAAUGCACUGUUUCCCAGCUUUCUCUCCUUGAUCUGUGGACUUACGAGCAAGCAGCCCUGAACAAGGAUUUGCUAUUCGAGUGUGACACUUCUUUAAAUCCCCUUGUUUCUUUUGUUUGUGAAAUCACUUUGUCUCCCCUUUUGAGAUUAAAAGUAAGCUUCCAGCUUCCCCUUUAUAGGCGUGAGGGGAUUCAGCUGGCAGGCAAAGCAGACACCAGACACAAGCAAUUGUUAUUGUGACUGCUCAACUGGAGAUAUCCAAUUAUUGUCAAUUUAAAAUAUUUGUUUAAAUUAAAGCCAUGUUUAUGCUGCCCUGGGGUAAACUGUUUAACAGGAAAUUGGGUCUGUGAAGCAUUUCUUUCUUUCUGAAGGUACAUUCAUUUAUGUGGUUGCUUUACUCAUAAUGGUGACUAGAGAGAUCAAGAAAAUCUAGCAACUACUGUAAGUUCUAUGUGUUGCAUACAAAGAUGGUGGGUUUUUUUUGGCAAUUGUGUCAUGUAAUAACAAAAAAGCCGAUUACAGUGAAAUUGCUUGAUAGUGAUUUUGCAUUGGCUAUUAUUAUACCACCUUUGCAAGGAUAUUUGUUGAGCUGCUUUUAAAUGUAGUGUCUUCCCCCACUCAGAUUACAAGUGUUAGCAGUUGAAGCAAUAACUUUUCACAUUUCCUGGAGCAUAAAUCCCAUAACUCCCCAUUCUGGGAGUUCUACCUGACUUCCAUAUGCAUACAUGUGGCUUACCUUGGAGCAAAGGUCUAAACUGGAAGGCUGUGAAACUCAGCUAGGCCUCGCUCCACCUAAGCUUCCUUGGAGCUAGCUGGGAGCUUUCUUUCUGAAGAAGAAGGCAGGUGGAGCUAGGCCUAGGUGAGCCUCAAAACCUUCCAGUUUUGGCCCUUUUUUCCCCAGGCGAGCCAUCAAGCUGGUAAUCUAACUAUUACAUUGAUAUCAGAACUGUGGGGUUUCUUAGAUGGCUUUUUUUAGCAAGAAAAUAAACGAAUAGCAUGGAGUCCUUCCUGAAAAAAUGUCCUAGCUAACAUGGGACUCAACGCGUUCCCAUCAAUCAUAAUCUUUGUUUGCAAUACAUAAAUGAUCCUUCAGGAGUCUAAGGCUUCUUUUUCUCUGUUUUUUAUGUCCUAGAGAAGAACAAAAGUGUCCAUUCUGAUUAUAAACAAACCACAGUUCCCUGUGACACCUGAACAAAAGGAACCAUGUUUUAUCUACACUCUAAUCAGGGAACAAACAGAGGUGUGAAACCACAAUUUGAUCUUAGUCUCUUCUCAGUAACUAAAUUAAAACUAACCAUAGUUCCUCAUGUUCAGUCAUCAUAUUAAGUCUGGAUUUAAAUUGAAGUGGAUGCUUCCAGUCUCUGCAUCAGCCUGAAUCUUGCCCAGUAAGUUCCUGCAUUGUCUGAGCUAUCCUGAUCUAUCCUGUCUGAAAUAUGAGAGUAGUUUGGGGUACAUUCUAGGAUGAAUUCUAAUUUAACAUUUGUACUGCACAUGACCUAUUAUUGCAUAAGUGAAUGUUUUUCAAUCACUGGAAUUUAACAAAAUGGUUUUGAAAGAGUUUUGUGAAAUAGAAUGUUUGAAAGCCAGUGGAAGAGAUUAAAAUUGCAAGGCCAUGGCCCAAAUACCAGUGUCUUAAAAGAAUAACUAGAUUUCCUCAACCUUUUAAAAAAAUAAUGAUGACUUCUCAGUUGAAGUUCAUUGGUUUGACGGCUGGCAUUGUUUAGUCUCUAAGUACUAUGUGAAGAUCAGUGCCUUUUGCUUUAAUAUUUUAAAAUAAAAUAGUCUGACCACCUUUUAGACAUCUGUUCAUGUUCAAGCCAUUUUGUGCUGUUUUAAUGUGACAAUCAGAAACAGAAGUCUUCUCAAUUGACCAAUUACGAAUCUGUUUCUAGAGUGGUAUAGUUAUAUUUUCCUGCAAUUCCCUGACUGAAUCCCAGGUUAUUCAGUUUGAACAGCUUCCCAAAUCACUUUCAUGGUCUGCUGGGAAAGAGCAAUAUGUGAAUGCACCAUGAACUGAAUCACAUCUUACUCCGGCUAGCCAGCAGGGUUUAAGGCUAGAAUCCUGAGCAUAGCAGCGCUGCGGCUGCCUGAUUCCUGUUGAUUGCUGGUGUGUUUUGGAUCUGAAUACUACCCCAUUGCUUUAAAAGAGGCUUUCUGUUUGUACAGGGCUACUGUGACCAAGUAGUGACCAAAGAGGAACCAGACAUGGAAAUGACGGUUCUGUAACAGGUUCCCUGGCAACAGGAUACUAACCUAAGAGGAUUUAGGUAGAGCUAUUUGCAAUCCUGAUAUCUAAAAUCCUUUUGGGUAAGGAGUGGGAAAUCUCAAGCUCCAGGGAUGACUGUACGUCUCCUAAGGUCCCAAUAUGACUGGGGAUCCCCAGCACUUUUUUGUGAUACCUCUUUCAUAGCUUUCAUGCACAGGUUUUCCCAUUCUAAAAACCUGGAAUGCCUCUCAAGGCUUAGUUAAUGUCAGUAAGAUGCUUUAGUUAAAGUAUGCUCAUAUUUUUGAUCCCAAUGUUUUGCUUCCCCCCUUCCACUACUAUAGUGGGGUCCCAUAAAACUUCUCCAAAACGGAUUGUUUUAAAUAGGGAUGUAAAUAUUUGAACUCAGGACCUUCUGUAUGCAUAGCACUUGCUUUACCACUGACUCAUGGCUCCUAUUUCAACAACUGGCAUGGGAAAUUACCUUUCUGGUAUGAAAAAGAAAACAUGGAUAGAAUGGAACCUGUCAUGAGUCCUGACAGCAUUAUUCCCAUGUCACUUCAGUAAACUCUGAAUUGGCUCUAGGUAGCCACUUUGUUUUUAACAUUUUCCCCAUCACCUUCGGGAUGUUUCUUUUAAUGCAUUCUCUGCUUAUUGCCUGUGAUUGAGAUGCACAUUGCUGCACUGUUAUAUGUGUUGCAGUCUCACUGCAGUUAGUGGUAUUUGAAGACACUAACCGUGUGUUAGUUUGCAGCCAAUAUACCCACCAUUAACUACCACUGUGCUGAGUGUUUUUAAGAAUGGAACCAAAUGCUUCUCCAGCAUUCUCAUACUUCAUAAUAUCCUUCCUAGUAUGUGGAAAAGAGAAGAAAAAGGGCAGUGUCAAGUGGUAGUGGUAAAUGAAUUAUCAGAUGCAAAGAGAGUGUUCCGGAGGGGCUGAAAAUCCACAAUCUCUUUAAUUUGUGUCUUCUCAUUUAAAAGUAAAUGAAAAAGGAAAUGGAUUCCAGAUUUUGGAUGGGAUAAAAUGGCUGAGUGAAUUAAGCAGGGAUGAUGCAUAUUAGGAGUGUGCUGUAUCAGCAAAUUGCUUUAUAUUGUAACUGUUAAGGUUGCCAUCUGUUGUGGGGUUUUUUGCCUACAAUUAACCAUGAAAAUUAAAACAUGGAAACCAUCUUUCUGUUAAAGUUCAAAGCAAAAAAAUAAAAUUAACCUA